CUGUUGGUUAAGCCACACUCCCCCUCUCUUUCAGCAUCACGGAGCAUCCAGCUUUGAGGGGUAGGGAUUGUCAGUCAUGUUCAGAAGUCAAAGCCUCCCUCAUCGCCUCUCCCUUUGUCAAGAAUGAAGCAGGUUCUUGGGGAAAAGGGCACCUUUGUAAUUGGGGUGGGGAGGAGGGCUGGUAUCUGAAAGUAAUUACUUUGAGAAAGUGCUUUUGUCUUGGCCACCACAAGAUUUUCACAAAGUGGAAGAAGAGUGCAAAGACAGAAAAAAGGAGCUUGGUUCAGCGCAGCAAUGAAACAGUAACUUCAGGUGGAGUUGCAAACUUUACACAAGUCACUAGCCCAGAAGCGAAAAUAAGCCAAUAAAUAGGAAUGGGGCUGCUUGAUCAAGCCAACAGCACUAUCAUCCUGGGAGAGCAUAACUUGGAUAAACAACUGCCGUUCAGCUGGCAUGCAAAGGGCUUUGCCACCCCUAGCCAGGGGCUUGAAGGAUCCAGUAAUGUUAUGAUGGACAGUACCAAGAUCCUGGGAGUCCAGAUAAUAUUGAUAGCUGCCUACUCCCUAAUCAUUCUUCUGGGAUUCAUUGGCAACUCCUUAGUAGUCUACAUGAUUGUGAGAUACAGAACCAUGAGGACUGUAACCAACUUCUUUAUAGCUAACCUGGCUCUGGCAGACUUGAUGGUGGACACGCUCUGCUUGCCCUUCACUUUGGCCUACACUCUGUUGGAUGAGUGGAAGUUCGGGGCUGUGCUUUGUCACCUGGUCUCCUACGCUCAAGCUUUAAGUGUCCAUGUGUCUACUCUCACCUUAACUGUGAUUGCUCUGGACAGGUACAGAUGCAUUGUUUUCCAUUUGGAUAGCAGGAUAUCCAAGAAGGUCAGCUUCACCAUCAUCGCUUUCACGUGGCUGGUUGCCGCCGUCCUAGCCAGUCCACUGGCCAUCUUCCGAGAGUACAGGUACGAAGAAAUCCCAUCCAUCAAUCUCAGAAUCGCCGUCUGCUCUGAGAAAUGGCCUUCUGAAAGCAGGGACGCCACCAUAUACAGCUUAUCCAUGCUCCUCUUGCAAUAUGUCCUCCCUCUUAUCAUCUGCUACGCCUACAUCAGAAUAUGGUUCAAGCUGAAAAGCCACAUCAGUCCCACUGCUAGGAGUGACAGUCACUGCCGGAGGAAAAAGACCACAAAGAUGCUGGUCAUGGUGGUGGCGGUGUUUGCAAUCUCUUGGCUCCCCUUCCAUGUUUUCCAACUUGCCGUUGACCUUGACCUGGUGCUCAUCUUCCAUGACUAUAAACUUCUUUACACCGUGUUCCAUGUGGUGGCCAUGUGCUCCACUUUUGCUAAUCCUCUGCUCUAUGGCUGGAUGAACAAGAACUACCGCAAUGGAUUCCUCAUGUUCUUCCGUUGCCAGAACAAGCCGGAGAGGCUCUAUACGGAGGGCUCGGUCAGAGGGCGGUCUUACACUUUCCGAGCCACCACCUUGAAUGACAGCAUCAAGCACUCGGCAGUCAACGGGCAGCUGCCCACACCAGUUUAGGACCACAAGUAGCUGCGCCUCCACAAAGGGGCAGGAACCUCGGUGGUGUCUACCUAGGACUGAUGCCUUUUCUAAAACUCAUAAUGUGUCGUAUUGCCAAAAUAGUGUUACUUGUCAUAGCCCACAAGGGAGCACAUUGUCUAUCUGUCCAAACAAAGAACCUCAUGCACUGUCUAUUUUGUCUCACGAAGCAAGUUAACUAAACCUUGCUUUGAGUUCUGUGUUGCUUGUUGCAUAAGCAGCACAAACAUGUUGUUCACAGAAUGCUUUCAGUUCAGUUCUACCAUAAUCUGAGAGAGGAGAGAAACGGCGAAUAGGACUGGUUGUUUUAGGCAGCCUUCCCCAACCUAGUGCCCUCCUGGCAUUUUGUAAUACAACUCCCAUAACCUCCAGCAUGGCCAAUUGACAUGCUGUCUGGGUUAGAUGGGAACUGUGGUCCCAAACAUCUGGAGAGCGCCAGGUUGGGAAAGGCUGGUUUUAGGCAUCCAGCGGGAACGAAAGUAUCUGCCUUCAGUACUGCUAACUACAGGACAGUAUGCUUAUAUAUUAAAUGUAUAUUCUUUUAAAUGACAUGUCCUCCUGUUCUUUUAAAUUUCUCAUGCCAAAGUCAUAUUAUUAUUUCCAGUUUGAAAGACUAAACAAUUCAUGACCCA